AUGCCUGGCCUGGAAGUCGUGAACACGUCUCUCGCCUCACCAGGACACCUGGACCCGCCCCAGUUGAGGGCCCACAAGUCUCUACGACGAAGGCCAAAUGUCCUCUGGAGCCCUCCAGCCAUCGAGGCAACGCCUCAACCUCAGCAUGGCCGCCCUUCAAAUGCCACCCCGUUGGCAGCCGCUCUUGUCCGUCCUAUAACGCCGCCUGGAGUUGCUCAGAGCGAAGACCUCAUGAGCAGCGGAACAAGCACGCCAAAAGCUACUUCAUCCUACUCCGUGAACGGGGCGGUGACCUCCAAGCCGUCCCAUCCACCCACGCCUGAAACUACUCCCCCGCGUACCGCUCCUUCAGCCCCGCGUCCGGGACUGUCGCACUUUGGACUGUCCUCUUCCUCCUCAUCGCACGCCGAGUCGUUUCGGACAGCUUAUGAAAUGAUCUCGGACGCGGAGACGGAAACUCCUCGCCAGUCGACGCAGUCGUUGUUGCCUACCAGACAGAAAUCGUUGAGGAGGGACGAGCCGGCGGACUAUGAUGACCGAGGGAGUGGAGAGUCGACACCGGUUCCUGGUCCUCGUACUCAGCGCCUCCAACCGUCCGCGAUGGAGACUCCUGCGCAACGAAAGAUGGAUAAUGGUGCGGAAUCCAAGGUGUCGCCGCCGCGCAGGAAGAAGUCUACGAGGAAUGGAGUUCCUAGGAUCCGUAAUGCGGACGCAGAACAGGGCUACGAUAUGAAUGGUCGAGAGACACAAAACACCAAAGCUCUUCCAGCACGCUCAAAUUUACGGGAGUCUGUCAGGGAUGCGCAGGAACCAGUUGGUGGCUUAUCCAUUGAGCAGUUUCGCGAAGAGAUUGGCUGGCCACGUGCGGAGGACCAGCCUCACUCUGCCGAGCACGAUGACGCUCGCCGGCUGUCAGACGUUUCCAUGUCCUCGUCCACUGUCGAGGUGAUGAUCAUCGACGCACCAAGGUCCACCCGAAGAUCCCUGCGCCAUACCGAUAAGAGGGGCUCGCUGCGUUCGGCUAGUUCGCCUUUUCCCAGCCCAGAACAUGCAUCAACCGCUUCCAGCGCGGACUCGCAACAUCGCCUGGUACACAAAGCUGGUCGAAUCACCGAGAGUGACCGCAAGAGCAUCGCGUCGGAAAUCUCGUUCUCUGGGGCCUCCAGUGUGAACACCCAGCAACAAACCGUGGACGUGGUGCCAGUGGUUGUGAUCCCGGAACGACGCUCUUCCCUUAAGUCGUCCACUUCAACCAGCAGGAAUACCUCGCAAAGCCGCUCGCGCCACUCGAGUCGGCAGGGCCCGUCCGCAUCGGGUAGUCGGCCUGGCUCUCGCGAGCCUCCUCGUCAGAAGCGCACAUCCGACACGACUGCGAGCAGCACGAGGCGGGCGGAAUCUCGUGGUCGCCACUCUGGCCGACCGAGUAUCCCGGCUCGCAGCUCCUCGCUCUCUGCACCAACCAGUCGUAAUAAUUCCCGGACUACAUCUCUGACAUCGGAGAGUCUGCGGGAUCAUGCAAUGUUUACGGAACAGGGGACUCAUGAUCGCGUUGCUGAGCCGCCACGUCCAGCCAAAGCAGAGACCGUCGCUCGAGAGCCACACGAUGCUGCGGAAGCAUCCAAGACGCAGUCCAUUAUCAUUGGAGUGGAAGACAUGUCGCAUCUGCGCCCACCAUCGAUGCCGUACACACAAAUCUCGAUCCCCUCAUCUUCUCCUGGCUUGAUCGAAGUCAGCGAGGCGAGGACUGUUGUAUUCUUCCCGCACAACAAUGAAUCAUUGCUCCUGGUCGAUCCGCAGGCCCCGUCUGCACAGCGAGGGCAACCCGACUACCCUGAACUGUACCAACACAGGAUGGAAGAAUCGCCCACUCAACGCUACGAGAUGACAUCCCCGCUCAAAAACCCCCGCCAGCCACCACAACCGCCCAUCUGCCAGGUCGUGCCACCGACACCCGUGCAAGACGUCGACAGUCAGCCGGGCGGGGCAGGUUACACCAACGAACCAAGUAAACGCCGGGGCCGUCGGUUUGGCCCGGGCCGCCGUCCGUGGCUGAACCGCAAGGCCGGCAAGGACAUCGAUGGGCGACAGCAGCCCUUUUGGCGACCUCGUCGGUUCUGGGAGGACUCGGAACCAGAAGAAUCGCCUCGCGUGGCUCCGCGUUCGCCAGCUCCAGACCCCGAGGCGUCGGACCUAGUGAUCAAGAACUCGUUGGGCAUGCCGCAGCAGCGCGUUGUGUUUGAGGGCCCUGCGCUUCGCAGCCCAGGUGCCAGGCGGCGGCCCGAACAAGCCAGUCGACACCUCGCCAACCGCAGCACGCUCGUAGGAAGCCAAGUCUUCAGCCCCGAGGCAUUCUGCUCGCAGACAUCGCUCCACCACCAGCGAUUCCGGUCUUUGUCAUGGUGGCGGCUGCGCUUGCGAACGAAUAAGAUCCGUAACAUCCGCAAACGAGUGCGACGCACGUGGCAGCGACACGCCGAACACCGUCGGGAAGCCAAACGCGAGAAACUCAAGCAGAGUAUCAGCGGGGCGGUCCUGAUGGAGUCGAGCACGCAGCUGAGAAUACCAGAAUGA